AUGAUUUCGAUUCGCUCCUUCGCGCGUUCAGCGCCCAAGACCCUCGGACGCCUGUCCUCAGUCGCCAUUAGACGAUCACCUGCACUUGCGAGGCCAAGCAGUGUGCUCAGGUCUCAAGUCUCUACGCUCCACCCGCAGCAGUUGUCUGCCUUCUCCACAUCAAACUUCAGACAAGCACCAGCCGGCGAAGUAGACGAGGAGCUCAGCGCAAAGCUUGACAGCGAGAUUCAGUUUGAGACUGAGGUCAAGGAGAAUGAGCCCCAACCCGCAAGCAUCAAGGAUUUCCUCGAGAACGGUCCUUUUGAGCUGCAGGACACUCCUGGCAAGGAGGAAGUUGUUCUCACCAGGACUUAUGGUAAUGAGAAGAUCACGGUAACCUUUUCAAUUGCCGACCUUGCGAACUACGAGCCCGAUAUGUAUAACGAGGACUCAGCUCUUGGCGAUGAGGACGUCGAUGGCCAGUUUGCGGACGCAGUCUCAGGCUCUAGCCGUGCGCCGGCGACGCAAGAUGCGCGUGGCGCCGCAAACAUUGCAGACGAGAUGGAAGAAUUGGAAGGCACCGGCGCGGAUGCCGCGGUGCCAUGCCGUCUGAACGUCGUUGUCGAGAAGCCUGGACAGGGCGCUCUGAACAUUGAGGCCAUCGCCCAGGAUGGAAACAUUGCCGUGGACAACAUGUACUUCUACUCCGAUGCAUCCUUGGCCCAUGGGGCCUCGGCGGACGCUGCACACAAGGCACAAGAUAUCUACCCCGGCCCGCCGUUUGGCAGUCUCGAUGAGGACCUGCAGAUUCUUAUGGAACGAUACCUGGAGGAGCGCGGCGUUACCCAGGCUCUCGCUGUCUUUGUACCUGACUACAUGGACACAAAAGAGCAGCAGGAGUAUCUGGCUUGGCUGAAGAACGUCAAGGCUUUCAUUGAUGCUUAA